UGUGCAGACACAUAUUAUGGGUGUGUGUGUGCAUGUUUGUUAGGAUUUAGGAGUGAAGUGACUGGUCCAGGCGGUUCCAUUUGGAGCUCCGUGUGAAGACAGCAUGGCUCAACUGGUGGAAUGUGUCCCAAACUUCUCAGAGGGGCGAAAUCAAGAGGUUAUUGAUGCCAUCUCAGCGGCCAUCAGCAACACGCCUGGCUGCAGCCUGUUGGACGUCGACCCCGGAGCCUCCACCAACCGGACUGUUUACACGUUUGUGGGCAGUCCUGAAGCUGUGGUGGAAGGCGCGCUGAACGCUGCCCGUCAUGCAUUCAACCUGAUCGACAUGAGCCAACACACAGGGGAGCACCCUCGUAUGGGAGCGCUAGAUGUCUGUCCGUUCAUUCCUGUCCAGAACGUCAGCAUGGAGGACUGCGUCCACUGCGCCAACAUCUUUGGACAGAAAUUGGCGUCCUUGCUACACGUGCCUGUGUUCCUUUAUGGCGAAGCAGCAAAAAACGAAGCAAGAAGAAGUCUCCCGUCAGUGAGAGCUGGCGAGUACGAAGCUUUACCUGACAAGGUGAAACAGACAGAGUGGGCACCUGAUUUUGGACCCAGCACCUUUGUGGCGUCCUGGGGGGCUACAGUAACUGGCGCUCGUAAGUUCCUCAUAGCCUACAACGUCAACGUGAUCGGUACCAAAGAGCAGGCACAUCGCAUUGCCCUGGACAUCAGGGAACAAGGACGAGGCAAAGACCAGCCAGGGUUGCUGAAAAAGGUGCAAGCUAUAGGCUGGUACCUGGAAGAAGCUAACAUUGCUCAGGUGUCCACCAACAUCCUGGACUACCAACAAACCUCCCUUCACUGCACCUAUGAAGCCGUCUGCAAGAAAGCUCAGGAUCUCAAGCUGCCGGUUGUCGGCUCCCAGAUUGUUGGUUUGAUUCCUCUUAAAGCUCUUCUGGAUGCGGCAGACUUCUACAUCCAUAAAGAAGAACUCUUCAUCUUGGAGGAGGAGCACAAAUUGCGGAUGGUGAUCAGCAAGCUGGGUCUGGACUCGCUGGGUAUCUUCAAAGCAAAAGAACGAAUCAUCGAGUACAUGGUCAGGUCGCAGGACAACGGCCGCCUGGUGUCUCUUCCUCUGAAGGAGUUUGUUCAAAGCGUUGGAGCUCGAACAGCAGCCCCCGGUGGAGGAUCAGUGUCUGCUGCCGUGGCUGCCCUGGGAGCGGCGCUUGGCGCCAUGGUUGGCCAAAUGACAUACGGCAAGAGACAGUUUGAGAGCGUGGACGGUGUGAUGAGAAGGCUGAUUCCUCCAUUCCAUCAGGCCAUGAACGAGCUGCUGGACAUGGUGGACAGCGACUCUUCUGCUUUCAACACUUACAUGGCAGCUUUGAAGAUGCCCAAACAUUCCCAGGAGGAACUAAAAAGACGUGAGGCAGCAAUGCAGGACGGUCUGAAGCGAGCGGUGAGUGUCCCGUUGGCUCUGGCCCUAAAAAUCAGUGUCCUGUGGUCGCCGCUCAAAGAACUUGUCCUCUAUGGGAAUAUCAGUUGUAAAUCCGACGCUCAGGUUGCAGCCAAAGCAUUGGAGAUGGCGGUUUUUGGGGCAUACUAUAACGUCAUCAUCAACCUUCAGGACAUCACAGAUGAUCAUUUUAAGAUGGAGACUCAGUCCAGAGUCACAGCGUUGUUGCAGGAAGCCAAAAGCUGCGUCGCCGAUAUCCUCGACGCUGCGGACAAGCGCACCUGAGCGCUGACGUGAAAAUGUAUUAAAAUCUUCCAAUCCAGAAAUUGUCA